UCUGGACUAUAUAUCCCAAGGGCCGGGCUAGAGAGUCAGAGUGUUGAGCCCCCGUGUGGAGUAAGGACACUCUUGAACUUGGCCCUUCAGGACUUGGGGAUUCAGAACUCAGGACGCAUUUGCCUGCUGUUGCUCGGGUCAGUGAGUGAGCGGCGCUCAGAUGCUGGAGAUGGAGUCUCUGAACAGCACGACCCCCAGCACGGCUGCCUCCAGCAGCGCCCUCGAGUCCCCCGUGGCCGGCAGUGCUGGUGGUAGCAAUGGCAACGAGUAUUUCUACAUCCUGGUGGUCAUGUCCUUCUAUGGCAUCUUCCUGAUUGGCAUCAUGCUGGGCUACAUGAAAUCCAAGCGGCGGGAGAAGAAGGCCAGCCUCCUGCUACUCUACAAGGACGAGGAGCAGCUGUGGGGCGAGGCCAUGAAGCCGCUGCCCCUGGUGUCGGGCCUGAGGUCCCUGCAGGUGCCCGGGAUGCUCAACAUGCUGCAUGACAGCAUGGCACCCGCCCUGGCCUGCACCCUCUGCUCCAUGGAGGGUGACAGCUUGAGCUCUGAGUCCUCCUCGCCCGACAUUCACCUCACCAUCCAGGAGGAGGUAGCGGACAACGAGCUGGAGGAGACCUUGGAGACGCCCCUGAAUGAGAGCAGUGAGGGCUCCUCCUCGGAGAACAUCCACCAGAAUUCCUAGCACCCACUGGGCCUCUGGAGGUGGCCCCGCGGGCCAGGGUCCUUGGAGAGACGAAGGACACUUUCGGUGUUCGGUGUCACUUUUGCGGUGUGACUAGUACUUUGGAGAGACCCUCUGGGAACCCCCACCCCUGCACCCCCAGAAAGGGGUAGGUCAGGGGGGAGCGGGGCGGGGCUCAGCCCAUGUUCUGCCUGUGGUGUGGGCCCAGCUGCUGCACAAACAAAAAACCUUGAAGAUGCACAGCUAGUGCUUAACUCUGGGGGGGUGGUGGUAGUGGUGGUGGUCAGGCUCCUGUGAAGACAGUGACAGGUCUGUGUGCUUGCUGCCGGCUCCCUGAACCCCCUGGGUCACUCCUGAAGCCUCUUUCCACUCCCAGGGCUGCCGUCUGAAUGCCCAGGAUAUGCAGAGGGACAGGGUGUGAUUUUUUAAUGUGCCCAGAGCUCUGUUCUUCUAGAUCUGAUGGGCUAUAAGUACCUCUCCUGUGUACCUGUGGGAACUUUGGGGUUCAGGAGGAGGAGGGAGGGGAGCUGGAUGGAUGAAUUUGGAGGGGAGCAAGCUGGAGGUCAGAACAUGACUGGGUCUGUAUACCCUGAGGAGGUGAGGGUGAAGAACAUGUAACUUGGAAGCCUGCUCACAUUGCUUGGGAUGGUGGCACAUGAUACGAAGUUUGCCCCUUUGUUUGAACCCCUGACCUUGAAUCUGACCUCCCUGAGUCCAGCGGUUUCAUGCUGGCGUGAUGUCUUUGUCUGGUAGGUCUCUUCCCCUGGAAGCUGACCUGCACUCUGAAUGGCCACACAGAGGCUUCUUCUCUUUCCAGCCGGGUUACGGGUUACGGCUGGGGUUGGAUGAGGCCAAGCUGUUUGCUUUGCUGCUGUUUUUAUUAUUGUUUUUUCCCCUCCCCCAGCCUUGGGACGGAAUGUGGGUCUCUCGGAUCUGGUACUUUGUCACGUAGCUGAGAUCUAGAAGGGUACACUCAGAGCUAGGGUCCAAGUCCUGUGCUUCCUGCUCCCCAGCUCUGAAACCCGUUCUCUGUGUGGUCCUGCCUCGGUCAGCCAGAGAGGCUUACUGCCUUCAUGAGACUCCUGGUAAGCCAUAUCCCCAGGGGACUGGGAGGAUGUCUUUCAAGUUUUUUAAGACUCUGUGAUACAUUCUGCAGGGCCUGGUGUGAAAAAGCUUGGACAGAAUCCUCCUGCCCUUAGUCCAAGAAGUGAUUUGCUCUCUUAAAAGAGUAACAGGGGACUCAGGACACACAGUCCCGUGAUAGUCAGAGUGAAUCACCCUCAGAACCUGCCAGAGUUUUCCCAGUAGUGAGUCAAAGAGGCAGGUGCCACAUUGUAUCUGUGUAAGUUGUUGUUGGGGGGUGGUGGAAUGAUACUAGGCUGGCUAAGGGGACCUGAAGAUCAAAAACUGAAUUCUCUAGAACACAAACCAAUGUUUCCAUGUGUCCCUGUGAUCUGUAACUUGGUAGCAGGUCCUUUCGACCCUUGAAGGAAGAAGAGAAAUGUACUCAAAGGUCACACUGAAUUCUAGUAACAAAAUUUUCAAUAAAGAUAUUCUCCAUGGAGUGGAGGAAGCAAAAAAAAAAAAAAAAACCAAAAA